AUGAGAUCAUCAUUAAUACUAUUAACUACAACAUUUAUAUCACAAGUAUUAACAUUAAAUAUAGUUUUAACAACCACAGAUAAUUGGGUUGCAAAGAAUAUACGAAUGUUGUAUUCUCAUUUAAAACAUCAUAAUCAUAAUGUAAUAUUAGUAGCACCAUUAUAUCAAACUAUUGAGGAUGAUGAUGCUAUUACCGAUGACCCCUCCGCCAUUGAAGAUGGAGGAGAAUAUGGUCAUUUAUUACCUGUUCAUCAAACAUAUUUUAAAAAUAUUAAAUUAUUAAAUCUGAGAAAAGCUAAACAUGUAAUUCCAAGACAAGAUAUAUUUAUUCCAGUGAAAACAUCACAAUUUGGUCAAGAUCCUUUAGAAAAGGAUGCUUGGUAUAUAAAUUCAUCUCCAAUGGAUUCUUUAACUAUUGGAAUGGAUAUUUUAUUACCUAAAUAUUAUCCUGAUUUUAAACCUGAUUUAAUAAUUGUUGGUCCAAAUGAAGGAUUAGAAUCUUUAGCUACAGUUGGUAAUAUGAUUGAAUCAAGUAUUGAUAAUUAUGGCAUACCUGUUAUUGGUAUAUCUACUCAAGAUAGUCAUGCAGUUUAUUAUCAUGAUGAAAAAUAUUUUCAAAUAAAUCCAUCCAAUACUCAACAUUUAUUAAAACAUAAUAUAUUUGGUAAAAAUAUUAAAUUUAUAAAUAAACAAGUUGAUUCUUUAAUUGAUAAUAUAACUCAAAUGAAGAAGACUAACAAUAGUGCUGCUAUUGGUUUAAAUGUUAUGAUUCCAUCUAUAAACCAUGCUGAAUCCCAUUGUAUGACUUCAAAGCAUAGUCAAUUGGAAUAUCAACAAGUUGUAUUACCAAAUUUUAAUAAAAUUCCUACAAAGAAAUUUGAAAUUGAUGAUACACUUCAUAUCAGUACCGUAUCUAAAAAUAUUUCUAAAAGAGAUACUAAACAAGAAGAUGGUCCUACUGUUGUUGUUGAAGAAAAUGAUGUGGAACAUAAAUCUACUUUUGUAGAUGUUUCAAGUUAUUAUUAUCAAUUUAUAGUUUCACUUCCUGAAGAAAAACAUUUUGAAGAAGGUCCAGGUCAUUAUUUAAGAAGAAAACAAACUAUUGUUGAACAAGUUUUGGGUAGUUGUCAUAUUGCCGUAAGUAUUGUACAAAAGGAAUCCACUGAAAUUAAGGGAGAUGUUGUUGAUUUAAACGAUGUGUUGAAGUUUGAUUAG